CCCGACCCGUCGGCUUUCAGCCACUAAUCCCCAACGCCUUUUUCUCGCUUCGCCUUCCCUUCUCCCAUCCACCCCACCUCCAGACUCGCCGUCGCCGCCAUUCCCAUUCGUCUCCUCCUCCCCUCCAGUAAACCCUAGCCACCGAAUCCCCCAAUCCCCAAUCAGCGCCCAAAUCUGUAGCCCGCCGCGGCCACAAUCGAGCUAGGGCUCGCCAAUUUCGGACCGAGCCGUCGAGGCUCUCUGGUUCCGCCGAUUUUUUGGGUAAAUUUUUUUCCGGGGGAUUUCUGCUUUAUCUGGUGGAGAUGGGGAGCCGGAGGGAGGAGGAGAGGAACGAGAAGAUCAUCCGCGGGCUCAUGAAGCUGCCGCCCAAUCGCAAGUGCAUCAAUUGCAACAGUGUGGGGCCACAAUAUGUAUGUACCAAUUUCUGGACCUUCACAUGCUUGUCAUGCAGUGGAAUACACCGUGAGUUCACUCAUCGUGUUAAAUCAGUGUCAAUGGCUAAAUUCACUACCCAAGAAGUGCGGGCUCUUGAACAGGGCGGUAACCAGCGAGCACGUGAUAUCUAUCUAAAAGAUUGGGAUUGGCAACGGAUGAGAUUGCCUGACAACAGCAAACCAGAUAGGAUAAGGGAAUUUAUCAGAGCUGUUUAUGUAGACAAGAAGUAUGCUGGUGGGAAGACCACCAACAAACCAGCCACUGAUAGUGAGAGUGUAAAGAGCAAUGAAAGUGAAACAAGAAGACCUGACUCCUAUCAUUCAUACUCGCAAAGCCCACCUUACGAUUUUCAGUAUGAAGAUAGACGAUAUGGCAAACAAGUUAACACACUUGCUCGAAGGCCUUCAGAUAGGGCACUCUUUGAUGGAAAACUCGGCAGCUUCCUGCAAAGUCCAGGUCGUUUCCGGGAUCAGAUGCAUGAAGAUCGAUUUGCUAAUGAGAGUUACGGGUCAAGGUUUUCCGACUUCUCAGCUUCAAGCACCGGUGACUUGAGAAAUGAUGUGCUUUCUCCUAGCUCUCAGGAUACAGGGUACAGCAGUCCUUCUGUCCACCAUUCAAGAAAUGUAUCGACUGAAAAUCUUCAAUCCCAUAGGCAUCCAAAUGCAGUUUCACAAAUAGAUUUGAAUGGAGGUCGACGUUCACAGCGAACAGCUUCUUCUGGAAGUUUUGGAUCAUUUGAUGGGAGCUCAGGGUCUAAUAAAUCAGUUGAUUCGGGUGCCCUACCUGAUGCACCUGCAGAAAGGCCAGUGCCUUCUGCUGUAAACUGUCAGACUGGGGCAUCUUCUGUAGCUCAUUCAACACAACAACAUGCCUUGCAGCGCAGUAUAAGUUCAUCAGCUAGCCAAAGUGCCCCCUCCCGAGAAUCUGUGCAACAUGCUGGGGUUCACAUGGAAGCCGUGGUGCCUUUGUCUGUUUCAGCACAACCACAACAAACGGCUUUCACAGAUCAAGACCUUUUCAACAAGUCACUUAUGCCACAACCGGCCGCUUGUGCUGCACCAAUAGAUCUUUUUGCUGGCUUUAACCAACAGUCUGCAUCAAUUUCUCAUAGUCAUUCUGAUGUUGUUAAACAAACUGUGCAUAAUGUGGUAGUUCAAAAGAUCGGCACGCCUUCAUCAUCUGUACCAGCAGAAGCAGUCCCGGCAUCUCAUUCUGUGCACCAAGACCUCUUCAGUCUGUCAAUUUUCCAGGAACCAGUAACUUCCUCUUCCACUCCGUCAGUGGAUCUGUUUGCUGGCUUUGACCAACAAUUGCCACCUAUGUCUAGUGUUCAUCAUAUUACACCAGCAGCUCCAUUGCCUUCUAAUGAUGGAUGGGCAUUCUUCGACACACCUCAACUUGGAUCAUUGACUUCUGUUUCAAAUGUCCAAGCUCAGGUGCCUGCUGCAUUCCCUCCAAGUGAUGGUAUUGCAAAAGCAAUUGAUCAACCAACAUUGCCAACUUCACCAUCAAAUGACAUUAUGUCACAAACAUCUCCACCUGUGAUGGAUCAGUGGAGUUUAAAUGUUGAAGAGGCAAAGGUCCCUGUCUCCAACGAAAACUCUCAGGCCUGGAAUGCGUUUGGCGAAUCAACUGGGAACGUUCCUCAUAAUUUAUUUGCACUUGAUACUAUGUCUCAAGUAGCACCUCCUCAAUUCACCAUACCCAGUGUUCCAUAUGUUGGAUCCAGAACUCCACAGGAUUUGGCUACGGGUUUGCCUGAAAGUUCAACUCCUGCGGAUAUGUUCCCUGGCUUCAAUGUCUCAGCUGGUGCCCUGGCUGGGCCUUCAUUUCCUGCACCGCUUCAACCCCAAAUGGGCAUGGUGCCUCAGCCUGUAAAAUCAACGAAUCCGUUCGACAUGGCAUUUGAAUCUGACAUUGAAGUCAACAACAUGUUCAUGGAUUUGACCUCCCUACAAGCAGCAUUGCCACAGCCUAGUGUUCCGGCAGAAUACUCUGGAAACUUAGCUGAGUCAUGGAUUUCUCAAAAUUCUACCGUGCCGUAUAUUCCUUCUGGAUCUCAGGGUAAUCAACAUUUUCAUGCCAGAUUGAUCCUCAUACACAAGUACGCAAGAGAGUCGUUGUUUAUCGCGGAGCAAGUGCAAGACCCCCACAUGCUGUCUCUCCUGUGUACCAGAAAGGAAUGUGCACAAGUCUGAAUGACCGCACAGACUAUUGAUUUAUUGAUGUUUCUCUGAAUGGAGCAGGUUAACCACACUAAUAACAAAUCAGAUGGCAUCACUCAUGUUGUUUCUGAAAAUGGUGAAAGCAAAAAUACAUCGGAUCAGAAAUCUCGAUUCAAUCCUGGAAGAGAUGGUAGGGAUGGAAGGCAGUUUGGUCCAUCUGGUGGAAGGGGGAGAGAUGGUAGGGGUGGAAGGCAGUUUGGGCCAUCUGGUGGAAGGGGGAGAGGAGAUGGUAGGGGUGGAAGGCAGUUUGGGCCAUCCGGUGGAAGGGGAAGAGGAGAUGGUCCUUCUGGUGGUAGGGGAAGAGGAGAUGGUCCUUCUGGUGGAAGGGGACGAGGGAGACAUUUCAAUCAAGGUCGUGGAAGAGGUAGCAAUGACUGGAGAGAAGGGAAAUCCAAUUUUGCAGGUAGUGACAGUCCAACAUCAGGACGAUGUCACAUUGACAGUCCAACAUCUGGAGGAGGUCGAAAGCGCCCUCCUAUCUGUUAUGACACAAACGAAGUUAAACAGUGGGUAGAAGCACGCAAGAAAAACUACCCUACAAGUGUUAACGUAAACAAGAAGUUGUCUCAGAGUCAAUCAGAUGAUCAAAAGAAGGACGAAGAAGCUCAAAUGCGUCGUCUGGAACUCAAGGAAGUUCUAGCAAAGCAGAAAGAAUUGGGUUUUGAACUCCCUGAACUCCCCCCUGGCUAUCUGUCUGAAACUGAGGGUCAACCCAAGGGACCUCAAGGCAAUGAUAAGGAAAGUAAAUGGAAAACUCAACAAAGGGAUUGUCGUUUUGGAAAUCGUGGGCGUGGCAAUAAAAGACAGAGGUAUGACCGUGCAGAUUUUCAAUCUAAAAGACCCAGGGAGUGGAACAAUAGUCGUCAUGAUGGUGGUGCGGUGGCCAAGAGGGAGCCAACCCUUUUACAGAAGCUUCUUAGUUCUGAUAUCAAGAGGGACAGGCAUAGACUUCUGCACACAUUCAAAUUCAUGGCCUUGAACAAUUUCUUCAGGAACUUGCCUGACAAGCCAUUGGAAUUUCCUAGUGUCAAGGUCAACCAGGUUGAACUUGAAAGUGAUAUUGCUGCAGAAGACUUAAAUGACUUGGUGGAUGCUGAGAAACCCAAAGACAUCAGUCUUGAUUUGAAGGAAAAUAGUGAUCAGCAGGACUCAAGCUCCAGUGAUGGGGAAUCUGGAAGUAAGGACGAUAAUGAAGAUGACAACGAGGGUGCUAAUACUGAAAUGAGUGACAAGGUGGCGGAUGAGGAUUGCGACUCAGAUCAAUGUAAUGUGUCCGAAGAAGAGUUUUCAGCCUGAUAUUUUUUUUGGCUUAUCCAAGCAUCACCUGUGUUUUUUCGUGUACAGUCAAAAGUCCACACAGAAUGUGUUGCAUUUUCUGAAUCUGCUUUGUAAUGGAUGUUACAUGAUUUCGUUGCUUCAAGAAAAGAAAGGAACACAUGUGAUGUAAGGUGAGUAUUA